AUGUCUCUCGGCCUUACGACAACGGCCUUCGCCAACGCGACCGCGGUCCUGAACAUCCUCCCCGUCUCGGCCGGGCUCUACGGAAUGCUGCGCCCGGCCGCCGGCCUCUCGAUGCUAGGCUUCCCAAUGCCGCCGGAGCCCCAGGGCCAGAAGCUCUCCUUCUCGCUGCUGCGCAUGUACGGCGUGCGGCAGGCGACCAUGGGCCUGGCCAGCCUCGCACUCUGGUGGGCCGGCGAGCACCGGCUGAUGGGCGUCCUCAUGCUGGUCAACACCCCCGUGGCUGUUGUGGAUGGGUUUGUCAGCCGCUGGCAGACUGGCGGCGGGGAGUGGGGACACUGGGGGUUCAUCCCGGUCGGCAUGCUGUUGACGGCUGGGCUCCUCGGCGCUGAGCGGGGGUCUUAG